UAAACAUUCAGAUUUGGGGUGUAAAAAAAAGGAGGCGGUUUUGUUUUUUUACUUUUAUUUCGAUGUUGAUAAUCUUCUAGUAAUGAUUUCUCGUUAUUCUGUGUGUUUUAUCGUGAAUUUUAAUCUGUGAUUUCUUUUUUAAUAAACCCACCUAGUCUCAGAAUGGCUAGUUCUGGGAAAAUUCCUCAAGCUGAGUUGGUCCCACUACAGUCCAAGCAUGAACAUCUUUUGAAUGAAUUAGAACAAACUGAAACGAAUAAUGUUGGAUUAGUUAUCAGAACAAUUUAUGAUGGCAACAAUGAGACGGACUUGGAUAAAUUUAUGGAGCUUCUGGAUAUUCGCAUUCGAGGAAGAGAUAAAGAUAUUGAACGCAUGUGUAAUUUUCAUUACCAGGGGUUCAUUGAUUCCAUUUGCGAGUUGGAGCAAGUUCGAACGCAAGCUAAAAAAUUGAAUGUUGAAAUUAAUGAAAUUGAUGAACGUUUGCAAACUGCGGGUCAGCAAGUGGUAUCCAAAGGAGAAGAAUUAAUCGAGGCUAGACAAGUUGAAAAAAACAUUAAAGAAACGAUUGAAUGCUUGUCUCUUUGUUUACCUGUAUUCACCACUUACUCAAAGCUUCAGAAACAGAUGAAAGAAAAGAGGUACUAUCAUGCUUUGAAAACUUUAGAGCAAUUAGAACAUCUACAUCUACCCAGAGUUUCAGAGUACAGGUUUCUACAGCGUAUGAAAGAAAGUAUUUCCACGAUGAGAGAAGAUAUCAAAGAUGCAUCCAUGUCAGAUUUGAAAGAUUUUUUGGAAAAUAUUUGGAAAUUUUCUCCUAAAAUUGGAGAAGUUGCAAUGAGACACACUGCAGAACAAAUAGUAAGUGACCCUGUUCUCGUGAAUCGUAAAACAAAGAAGAAAAGACAAGCACCACCUCCUCCUAAUCCUUUCACCGGUGAAGUUGAAACAUCGGAGCCUGAAGAGGAUUUAAGUGCUCAAGAUCUGAUAGAUUUUUCGCCAGUGUACAGGUGUUUGCAUAUUCAUUCAAUCUUGUCUUCUCGAGAAGUGUUCCAAGAGUAUUAUCGAAAUCAACGCCAAAGUCAAGCAAAACUGGUUUUGCAACCUCCGAUUAAUAUGCAUGAAACUAUUGCAAGUUAUCGACAGUAUUUACAUGGAGUCGUCGGAUUUUUUGUUGUGGAAGAUCAUAUAUUAAAUACAAGCAAUGGUCUUGUUAGUAAAACCUACCUCGAUGAACUUUGGAGUAAAGCUUUAUCUAAUAUUAUCAAUGCGUUGCGGACACAUUCAGCAUACUGUACAGAUGCAUCCUUAAUGCUUCAGAUUAAAGAUUUGAUCAUGCUGUUCUGCACCACGCUUAGGAGCUAUGGAUAUCCUGUUAAUCAGUUGUUUGAGCUUUUGCAUGAAAUUCGAGAUCACUAUAAUGAGGUGCUCAUGCAACGCUGGGUUCAAAUUUUUAGAGAAAUUUUAGAGGCUGAAGAUUUUCUUCCAAUCCAGGUAUCAGAUAUUGAAGAAUACAAUCAAGUACUGUUAACAUUCCCUUUCAUGAAUGAAACAUUGGAUUCAUCACCUUUUCCUAGGCAGUUUCCUUUCUCUCCGAUGGUGCCGAAAGUUUACCAGCAAGUCAAAGAGUACAUCUACGCUUGUCUAAAAUUUUCUGAGGAUUUAGAUCUCAGUGAUGAAGAAGUAACAGAUGUACUAAGGAAGUCAACGCACCUACUUUUAACAAGAACUUUUAGCGGUUGUUUGUCAUCAUUAUUCCGUAAACCAAACGUUGCGCUUCCUCAGGUUAUACAGAUUAUUGUUGAUACUGGUUAUUUGGAGAACGCCACGGUAUUUUUGGAAGAGUUUGUCUCCAACAUUACAGGAGUCCAUCGUGAAGGACAGCUUGGUGGUCAAAGUCAUUUGUUCAGGGUAGCAAGAGAUGAUGCCGAGCACCACACAUGUGAAAAGUUAAAGUGUAAAAUAAAUGAAUUCUUGGAGCUGGAUAGUUAUGAUUGGAUGCUGGUUGAACCGCAAGGACAUGCUUCAUCAUUCAUUACAGACCUAAUCGCAUUUCUUCAUAGUCAGUUCCAAUCUUUCACGAAUAUUCCAUUGGAAGUUGCUCAGGUCGCAUGCAAAUCAGCAUGCAAACAUAUAGCAGAUUCUAUCCUACAGAGCAUGUUGAGUGAGAAUGUCAAACAAAUAUCAAGUGGUGCACUGCAACAGAUUAAUCUGGACACCAUUCAGUGUGAACAAUUUGCCGCAUCAGAACCAGUUGGUGGUAUGGAAGAGGGGAUAUUACUUCAAUACUUCACGGAGCUGCGCCAGCUUCUUGAUUUACUCAUCACCGAAGACUGGUCUACAUACUUCCAUGAUCAUGGCCAAGAAAAUUCAAAAUAUCAUCUUGUGAAUCCUCUAACAGCCAUCAGAAUUCUUGAGAAGAUGCGAGAAGCUGAUAGGAAGUCUGUGUUCUCUGCGUUGAAGAAAACUGAGAGGGACAAGAAGAAGUUGCUGGAAACUGUACUGAAAACGCUGAGACAACUUGCUGUCACAACUCUGAGGCAACAACAGCCAGAUUCAUCCUGAUAUUAAAAAUUCUAUUCAAAUUGAGAUGUGGAUACCUUAGUUGAACUUUGUAAAUACUUGCCUCAAUGUUUUUAAAAUUGCAGCAAGACUGUCCCGUUGAUUGUUACUUCCCCGAUUUGUAAGACAGAUAUUUUAGUUAUUGUUACACUGUUAAAUGAGAAAUCAUUGUUUUUGUUUUUGUAAUUAAGUUUUAGUGCCUUAAUAAACUAAUGGAAGAGAUUUUUGCCAA